GUUAAGAGUUAAAUAGAAAUUACUUUAUUGCACACCUGUAGAAAAUCAUUUUACUGUUCUAGAGGAGAAAUAUGACUUUUUUCGAUUUUUGCAGUAUUCCAUUAUUCAAGCUGAAAUCUUCACUGUAAUCCAUAUUCGUUUUGAUUCAUCAUUCCAACUCACUGAACUAAAGGAGCGUAAAAGAAUUCAAGAUUUCAUUAUACCAGUCCACAGAUGAUAAAGUUCCACUUAGAUGUAAGAUUUAGGAAUGCCUAAGGAAGUCCUUAUUCAAAGAUGCCUCAGUUUUGCAAUGAAAACCUUCACGAGACAGAAAGUAACAGUGAAAGAAAUUCCAAGACUGACAGUCCCUAUAAAAAUGGCACGAAACAUUGAGAAAGUUAAGUUAAAGAAAAUAAUUCAGGAAGAGGCUCUGAGAAAACAAAGGAAAGGUGCUCUGCUGAUUACCUGUAAAAAUAAGAAAUAUAAUUUCCAUGUGAAUGGGAAAUUUGAUGAGAACAACCCAAGGGAACUGGCUUCACAUGGAUGGAAGCAUUAUAAGUCGGCCAUGGCCAGGGAUUUCUUCACCAUCAAUGCUCAUGGAAUGAAUCCUGCUGUUUUAAAAGACACGGAACAGUGUGGAUUUUCAGAUUUGAAGAUUGGUGAGGAAUUGUGUCAGAGAUUGAAGGCAGUAGGGAUAGAAAUCCCUACAGAUGUGCAGAGAAAGACAAUACAAGAGAUACUGCAAGGGAAGAAUGUUAUGUGUGCUGCUCAGACUGGAAGUGGAAAAACUCUUGCCUAUUUACUACCCAUCAUGGAGAAUAUUUUGAGACAGAAAUCUUACAGUUUGAGACAGUUCCCCGAUGAUGAAGAUACAAACUCUCCCCGAGCUCUUAUACUGGUUCCCUCCAGGGAACUAGCUCAACAACUAAUGGAUGUAGCUGCUUUGUUUGAGGAUUUGCUGGUGUUUAGAGCAUGGACUGGUGGAUCCCAUACAAUGGCUAAAGCAAAAUACACAAGACGUGAGCCCAUUGAUGUACUUAUAUCAACCCCUGGAGCUCUUAAGAUGUUUCUGACUUUAGGUAAAGUUAGACCUUCCCAGCUGCAGCAUGUUGUGUUGGAUGAAGCUGACACUCUAUUGGAUGAUAGCUUUUUCCAUGAUAUCAGAUUUAUUUUCACAAAAUUACAUGUACAUGGAGGAAAAGCCAUUCAGAACCAGGGGUCCUCUGGCAUCCAGAUCAACUUAGUCAGUGCCACUAUGCCCAGGGACCUACAAAAUAACAUAGGCUCAAUGAUAUCGAUUGAUAGUAUUGCGAAAGUUACAUCCAGAUGUCUUCAUUCCCUUCUUCCACACAUUACACAAACAUUUAUAAGGCUGAGGAAAUCUGAUAAACCUGGUGAAAUUCUGAAGAUAGCUAGAUAUAACCUGGAAAAUAAGGUUCCUUCUAUGAUCUUCUGUAAUCACAGUAAGACCAGUUACUUUGUCAUGAAAUUCCUGGAGGAAAACAAUAUCCCAAGUAUAAUAUUAAACGGAGAGAUAAAAACACAGUACAGAGAAGGAAAGUUUGAAGAGUUUCAGAGAGAGAUGUCUGAUAUAAUUGUGUGUACUGAUGUGGCAUCUAGAGGUCUGGACACUAUUAGGACCAGGCAUGUAGUAAACUAUGAUUUCCCUGACUUUGUAUCGGACUACAUUCAUCGCAGUGGGCGGGUUGGUAGAAUUGGGUCACAAGGUCACGGAACAGUUACCAGCUUCAUCUCUGAAAAGUGGGAUGUGGAUCUGCUCUGGAAAAUAGAGACAGCGGUAAGAAGGGGCCAAACUCUACACAACGUGAACGCAAACAUAAAACGAAAAUUAGAAGGAGCGGAAGAUUCGUGGUGAUCAGCUGUCAUAUCUAAAGUUGCAAACUCCAGUUUAAUAUUUUAUCUGUUUAUGAUAUUUAAGAUAUUGAGCAAAAAAUUUGCUUUUUUAUGGAGAAUAAUAUUUUAGAAACUUUA